AAAAAAAGUAAAAUGGAAACGAAAAUUUCGGUUGGCCCCGUUGUCGAAAUGUUAGGCGAUGAGAUGGCCCGAGUCAUUUGGGCUUCGAUUAAAGAGAAAUUGAUUUUACCCUAUUUGGAUAUAAACUUGUAUACAUACGAUUUGACAAUUGAGAAUCGUGACAAAACCGACGACAAAAUUACGAUUGAGGCGGCUGAAGCUAUUAAAAAAUAUCGUGUAGGUAUUAAGUGCUCCACUAUUACGCCAGACGAAAAACGUGCUCAGGAAUUAAAAUUGAAGAAAACAUUAACGUCUCCUAACGCUACCAUACGUAAGAUAUUAGGCGGGACUCUAUUUCGCGAACCAAUUAUUUGUACAAAUAUUCCCCGUUCGAUUUCCAACUGGGAGAAACCCAUUAUAAUUGGCCGGCACACGAAUGCUGAUGAGUAUGACGCCACAGAAUUUUUGGUACCUGAUAAAGGAACACUAACUUUGUCAUUUGUUUCAACAGAUGAAACAGAAAGAAUUGAACGCGUUAUUCACGAGUUCGAGGGACCUGGCAUAGCUUUAGGUAUAUAUAAUACGGAUGAGUCAAUAACGAGUUUCGCUCAUUCCUCUUUUAAGAUGGCUUUAUUACGUAAUAUGCCUUUAUAUCUGAGCACUAGAGGCGAUUUGCUUAAAAAUUAUGACGGCCGCUUCAGGGAUAUAUUUGAUGAAAUGUAUAUAAAGCAUUACAAGAAGGACUAUGAAGCGGCGAAAAUUUCGUAUGAACAUCGUACUCUUAGUGAGAUGAUAACUUAUGCGAUGAAAUCAGUUGGCGGUUUUGUAUGGGCUUGUAAGAAUUACGAAGGAGAUGUAAAUUCAUAUGUAAUAACUCAGGCUUUCGGUUCAUUGGGUCUAUCGACCUCAGUGCUAUUAUGUCACGAUGGUAAGACAAUACAAACUGAAGCAAAUCAUGGAACUGUGGGGCGCCAUUAUCGCCUUUAUCAGCAGGGAAAAGAAACAUCCACAAAUCCGAUAUCUACGAUUUUUGCUUGGACACGUGGCCUAUUGCAACGUGCCAAAUUGGAUAAUAACGUUCAACUAAAAAAAUUUGCCGAUACUUUGGAAAAGAUCUGCGUUAACACGAUCGAAUCUGGAUACAUGACUAAAGAUUUGGCCAUUUGCCAAAUGGGCAUAGAUGAUGUACUACGUAAAGAUUACAUGGAAACAUUUGAGUUUUUAGACAAAUUAGCGGAAAAUUUAAAAAAUGUCUGGUCAUGUAUGCUCAAUAAAAAUUACCGCAUUGACAUUUAA